UUUGAGGCAGAUUUUGGGGUCCAGGGGCAGAUCUGGGGGCCCAGGCUCCCUUCCCCAUGAAAAUCACACUUUCAGAUCCCACAGAAAUCCAUUCCCAGCCUGGAGCAGCCGCUUUCCCUCCCCCACCUCCUCCCCUCCCCGAGCUCGCAGCUUUGGGUGCAAAAAACCCAAUUUUUGCGCAACGGCUGCGAAGUUCCAUUUCCUGGGGCCGAGCGGGCGCUUCCUUCCUGCGCCUGAGCCCGGCCUGGCUGCCCCGGCCGAUCCCGGCGAUCCCUCGGUCCCGGGGAGCGCCCGGAGCGGGAGGAUGAGGAUGGGGAUGAGGAUGAAGAUGAGGUUGGGGAUGAAGAUGAGGUUGGCGUUUCUGCUCCUCGUGGCUGCAGCCUCGUGCUUGAGCCAGACCGGGCACGAUCCCGGCGAGGAUUCCCGCCAGAAUUCCCGGGAUCUCUGGGAUUCCCCCCGGGAUUCCUACCGGAAUUCCAGCCGGGAUUCCCCCCGGGAUCUCCGGGAUUCCCCCCGGGAUUCCCCCCGGGAUUUCCGCCGGGAUCUCCGGGAUUCCAGCCGGGAUUCCCGCCGGGAUCUCCGGGAUUCCAGCCGGGAUUCCCCCCGGGAUUUCCGCCGGGAUCUCUGGGAUUCCAGCCAGGAUCUCCGGGAUUCCAGCCGGGAUUCCCGCCGGGGUUCCCGCCGCCGUUCCGGUACCGCCGCCCCGAGGCUCCUCCCGGCGCCGCUGCUGCUCCGGCUGCCCCCGGAGCCGGGGCCGCCCCGGAUCCGCUGCCUGGCCCCGCGGCGCUUCCCCGGCAGCACCUUCGAGCUCCUCCGGGGGCUCCCGGCGCUGCCGGUGCGGAUCCUCCUCGCCGCUCCCGACCGGCACUGGGCCGAGUUCGCCCUGCCCGGAGCCGCCGGCUGCUUCCGCUGCCGGUACCGGAGCCACAACGGCAGCGCCUGGCUGGAGUCGGAGCUGAGCACCGGCACCGGCGGCUCCGAUUUGAGCGAUGCUGAGUGUCAGCCGAGCGCCGGCACCGGCACCGGCACCGGCACCGCCGCGGGACCCGCACCCACGGCCGGGACCCCGUGGAACGGCACCGGGACCCCGUGGAACGGCACCGGGACCCUGCGGAACGAUCCCCCCUGGCUCCUCCCGGUCUCGGUCGGUGUCGCCGUCCCGGGGCUGCUGCUGCUGCUGGGGGCUGCAACCGUGGCCGGGCGAGGUGGGAGGGGGUUCGGAACCGGGAAUCCCGGGGGUUCGGAACCGGGAAUUCCGGGGGUUCGGAACCGGGAAUCCCGGGGGGCUCGGAACCGGGAAUCCCGGGGGUUCGGAACCGGGAAUCCCGGGGGCUCGGAACCGGGAAUCCCGGGGGUUCGGAACCGGGAAUCCCGGGGGUUCGGAACCGGGAAUUCCGGGGAUUCGGAACCGGGAAUCCCGGGGGGCUCAGCACCCAGGGACCCCCACUCCACUCUGCUGCCCCCCCCCGGUGCCACCGGUUCUGUCCUCACAGGCCUCCGGCGGCGGCGUGGACAGAGCCACACGGUGCCGGCCCCGGUAAGGCCGGGCCCCCGUGACCCCAAAUCCACCCCGGACCCCUCGGUCCCUCCCCGGGACCCCCAAAAUCCACACCCGCGCCCCUCCUGUCCCGGCAGAGCUUCCCCUUGGCCCCCGCGCCGACGUCGCCGUCCCCGUGAGGGCUCCCGGGGGUCCCGGUUGUCCCCCUUCCGUCCCGGUGUUCUCGUGGAUCGAGGCUGGCCCUGGAUCCGGUCACCGGGAGCCCUCCGGGAGGAACCCACCCCCCUCCCCGCCUCCGGUGCUGCCGGGGCUACACCGGACUCUCAAAUAAAGGUGCCACAUUCCCGGUGUCCCGUUCGCAUUCCCGGUGUCCCGUUCCCAUUUCCCGGUCCCGUUCCCAUUCCCGGUGUCCCGUUUCCAUUCCCGGUGUCCCGUUCCCGGUGUCCCGUUCCAGAUGUCCCAUUCCCGGUGUCCCGUUCCUGUUCCAGAUGUCCCGUUCCCGUUCCCGAUGUCCCGUUCCCGGUGUCCCAUUCCCGUUCCCGGUGUCCCGUUCUAGAUGUCCCAUUCCCAUUCCCGGUGUCCCAUUCCCGAUGUCCCAUUCCCGGUGUCCCGUUCCCAUUCCCGGUGUCCCGUUCCCGGUGCCCCGUUCCCGUUGCCCUCCCGUCCGCCAGGGGGCGCACCACCCCCUCCCGCUGCCGGGAUUUGAGGGCGUGGCCACCACCGGGGAGGGGCGUGUCCACCGCAGGGCGGGCCCGGGUCGGGGUGGGCGUGCCCGGGUCGGGGGGCGGGGCCCCGGGUGGGCGGGGCGCGGCGCGGUCCAAGAUGGCCGCGGUGUCGGUGUUCCCCGGCGUGCGGCUCCUCACGGUCGGGGACGCGAACGGGGAGAUCCAGCGGCACCAGGAGCAGCAGCCGCUGCGCCUCGAGGUCCGCACCGGCCCCGACAGCGCCGCCAUCGCCCUCUACGGCCAUGAGGAGGUCUGCGUCUUCAAGUGCUCCGUGUCCCGCGACACCGAGUGCAGCCGGGUGGGGAAGCAAUCCUUCAUCAUCACGCUGGGCUGCAACAGCGUGCUGCUGCAAUUCGGGACCCCCACCGAUUUCUGCUCCUUCUACAACAUCCUCAAGAACUGCCGCGGCCACAACACGGAGCGCUCGGUGUUCAGCGAGCGCACCGAGGAGUCCUCGGCCGUGCAGUACUUCCAGUUCUACGGCUACCUGUCCCAGCAGCAGAACAUGAUGCAGGACUACGUGCGCACGGGGACGUACCAGCGGGCGAUCCUGCAGAACCACAGCGACUUCAAGGACAAGAUCGUGCUGGACGUGGGCUGUGGCUCGGGCAUCCUCUCCUUCUUCGCGGCGCAGGCCGGGGCGCGCAAGAUCUACGCGGUGGAGGCCAGCACCAUGGCCCAGCACGCCGAGGUGCUGGUGAAGAGCAACAACCUGACGGAGCGGAUCGUGGUGAUCCCGGGCAAGGUGGAGGAGGUGUCGCUGCCCGAGCAGGUGGACAUCAUCAUCUCAGAGCCCAUGGGCUACAUGCUCUUCAACGAGCGCAUGCUCGAGAGCUACCUGCACGCCAAGAAGUACCUGAAGCCCAGUGGGAACAUGUUCCCCACCAUCGGCGACGUGCACCUGGCGCCCUUCACGGACGAGCAGCUCUACAUGGAGCAGUUCACCAAGGCCAACUUCUGGUACCAGCCCUCCUUCCACGGCGUUGACCUCUCGGCGCUGCGCGGCGCCGCCGUGGACGAGUACUUCAGGCAGCCCGUGGUGGACACCUUCGACAUCCGGAUCUUGAUGGCCAAAUCCGUCAAAUACACCGUGAACUUCUUGGAAGCCAAGGAGGGCGACUUGCACAGGAUAGAAAUCCCCUUCAAGUUCCACAUGCUGCACUCGGGGCUGGUGCACGGCCUGGCCUUCUGGUUCGACGUGGCCUUCAUCGGCUCCAUAAUGACGGUGUGGCUCUCCACGGCCCCCACGGAGCCGCUGACCCACUGGUACCAGGUGCGCUGCCUGUUCCAGUCGCCGCUCUUCGCCAAGGCCGGCGACACGCUCUCAGGGACCUGCCUGCUCAUCGCCAACAAGAGACAGAGCUACGACAUCAGCAUCGUGGCCCAGGUGGACCAGACAGGCUCCAAGUCCUCCAACCUGCUGGACCUGAAAAACCCCUUCUUCAGGUACACGGGCACGACCCCCUCGCCCCCGCCCGGCUCCCACUACACGUCGCCGUCGGAGAACAUGUGGAACACGGGCAGCACCUACAACAUGAGCACGGGCAUGGCCGUGGCCGGGAUGCCGGCGGCCUACGACCUGAGCAGCGUCAUCGCCGGCGGCUCCAACGUGGGCCACAACAACCUGAUCCCCCUAGCCAACACCGGCAUCGUCAACCACACCCACUCCAGGAUGGGCUCCAUCAUGAGCACGGGCAUCGUGCAAGGCUCGUCCAGCGGGCAGAGCGGCUCGUCCAGCGCCCACUACCCCCUGAACAGCCAGUUCACCAUGGGGGGGCCGCCCAUCUCCAUGGCCUCGCCCAUGUCCAUCACCACCAACACCAUGCACUACGGCAGCUAAGGGCCCCGGCUCCCCCCGAGCCACCCACAACCAAAUCCGGGACCCCCCCCCCGCCCCGGGGGUCCCCCCGCCCCCCUCGCUCCGUGCCGGACCCGGAGGGGAAUUUUGGGAUUUGUUUUUUUGUUGUU